UGUUGUACAAAUGUUGACCAGUUGUUCCUCUUUGGUCAUCCAUUAAACGUCCUACUUGCAGGCAAGUCAAUGAUUAUCGAUAUAAUCGAUCCAAAGUUCAACCCCAACAAACCGAACUGGAUCAAUGCCGACGGCGCAACGAUGUCCCUGAAAACGUUUUGCUCCAAGUUUCUUUUUGGGGGUGUCGUCGCCGUUCGACGAGAUGUCGGGAGGCGAAGUUACUACAAGAGCGGCAGCUCCGGAGCCAGCGAGCCCGGCCGGGCGACUCGUGUGCGGGUGGUGGACCUCCGCAGUGACACGGUGACCAAACCCGGAGCGGCGAUGCGCCGGGCCAUGGCCGAGGCUGAGGUCGGGGACGAUGUGAUGGGCGAAGACCCCACAGUCAACGAGUUGCAGAAGAUCGCGGCCGACAUGUUUGGCAUGGAGGCGUCGCUGUUUGUCCCUUCGGGAACGAUGAGUAACCUCAUUGCACUGAUGGUGCACUGCAGGGAGCGUGGCGACGAGAUGAUUGUGGGCGACCUGUCCCAUUUGCACAUCUACGAGCAGGGAGGCAGCGCGCAGCUGGCGGGCGUGCACGCCACCACGGCGAACACCCUCGCCGAUGGCACCUUGGACCUGGACCAGCUGGAGUCCAAGAUCCGCCACGGCUACCCGGACCCCCACUACCCCCGCUCGCGCCUCAUCUGCGUGGAGAACACGCACAACAUACAGGGAGGACGCGUCAUGCCAAUGCGCUUCCUGCAGGAGGUCCGAGCUCUCGCCGACAAACACGGCCUGUCGGUACACACGGACGGCGCGCGCCUGAUGAACGCGGCCGUGGCGCUGGGGGUGUCGGCGGCGGACAUACUGCAGCACACGCACACCGUCAGCGUGUGUCUCUCCAAGGGCCUUGGCGCCCCGGUGGGGACCAUGCUGGCUGGACCCAGAGAUUUCAUAUCGCGGGCGGUGAGGUGCCGUAAAGCUCUGGGCGGUGGGAUGCGGCAGGCCGGCAUACUAGCGGCGGCGGGGAAAGUGUCUUUGCUGCAGAUGGUCGAGCGACUCCACGAAGAUCACGACAACGCGAGAACCUUCGCCCGAGCCUUGCAAACGUGCGAGCCGCCUCUGUUCACCGUGGACAUGGCGGGCGUGGAGACAAACAUCCUGCGGUUCCAAAUCCGCGAACCCGCCCUGAGUCCUGCGGAGUUCUGCGACCGCAUGGCCCGGGUGGAGGAUGGAGAGGAGGAUGCGCUGGGCCAGGGUGUACGAGUCCUCAUGUACUGCCAUUUUGGCAAUUCAGUGAGAGCCGUGUGGCAUUUGGGGAUAUCGGCCGAAGAUACGCAGCUGGCCAUCCGAAAACUGCAAUUUGUCGCCCGUCAAUCCUUGCUGAAUAAAAUAAAAAGGUGAUUGUGAAA